AUCAGGAGAUGGGCCGGGCGUGCAGCUAGCAGGGUGCAGCCCCGGCGCACAGCGCGUCCUGGUCCCCCGGCCUCCCCGCUGCCAGCCCAGGCCCAGCGAGCUCCAGCAAAGCUCCCCGCGUCCUCCGGCCAGCCUCGCCUCUCGCAUCUCCCUCCCCGCCGCCCGUCCCCGAUUUCGGAGCAGCUGCCUUGCUGCGGAGCCGCCGUGGCCAUGCCGGCAGCGGGGCUGGUGCUGGCGCUCUGCGCCCUGCUGCAGCUGUGCCCGGCCGCCCUCGGCGGCUUGCGGCCGCAGCUCCUGGUGGAGAGGAGCGGCUCCAGGAGGCUGAGCAAGGUUGGAGGCUUCUCCUGGGAGAACUGCGGUGAGGGGAAGGAUCCCGUCGUGCUCCAGAGCCUCUCUGUGGCGCCCGACCCCAUCAGCAUCCCGGGGAACCUGCGCAUCAGCGCGGCCGUGAACGGGAACAAGGCCAUGGCCUCCCCUCUGAAGACGGUGCUGGUGGUGGAGAAGGCUCUGGGCGACCUCUGGAUCCAGCUGCCCUGCAUCGACCAGCUGGGCAGCUGCACCUACGAUGACAUCUGCACCAUCCUCGACACCCUCAUCCCGCCCGGCACCCCCUGCCCGGAGCCGCUGCUCACCUAUGGCAUCCCCUGCCACUGCCCCUUCAAAGCGGGCUCCUACUCCCUGCCAGCCAGCGACUUCGCCCUGCCCGACGUCGAGCUGCCCUCCUGGAUGACCAACGGCAACUACCGCGUGCGGGCGGUCGUCAGCAGCAAAGGAGAGGAGCUCGCCUGCGUCAAGCUGGGCUUCUCCCUGCAGUCCCAGUGAGGGGCAGGGGAGGGCCGUCCCUCUUCUCCCUGCCACCUUUUUUCCUCAUCUCAUCCUGUCCAGUUGCAUCUCAUCCCAUCCAACCUCAUCCAUCCCAUCCCACCCCACCCCACCCCACCCCACAUCCGUCCCUGCCUCUGCUGCCCUGUCUGCACCCCCCCCCCCCCACCGCCGUGUCCCUCCUUGUGGUCCCAAACUAACAUUUGAAGCAGGAGGAGAGAAAAGCUUUGGGCGGGCUCAGGAGCUUUCCCCAGCCCUGUCCCCGCAGGGAGAGUGACACCGCUGCCAGGAGGAGGCACCCCCAUACACCUGCCCCAUUUCCCCCCUCUCAUGCUAAACACAGAAGGUCCCCCGUGGCUGUCCCUCCGUCCCCAACCCCACCACCCAUGUCCCCAGCCCAGAACAGGGUAGCUUUGGAGCCUACCCCCCAGCCUGAUGCUGGAGCUUGGGGGUAGCUGUUUUUUACCUGCUUGCCCUUUUUUAAAACUUUUCUUAAUCUCACCAGGGGAAUUUUAGACAAAAAAAAAAAAACAUUCCAGGGAAAAGCAAUAUUCCUUGAAGCAGCCCAAGGAAAGGAGGGAGCAUGUGGGGAGUGCCGGGGGCAGGCUGGAGGGAUGCAGGGUGAGCUGUGGUGGCUGUCCCCACCUCUGGCUGGAGCACAGAUGGGGCCAUUUCACAGAAGUGUCCCCAGAGCAGUUGCAGGAGGCCUGUCCCCAGCACGGCAGCUCAGGUGUGCCCUUGGUGCAGCCCCAUCCUGGGCAUGGGGCCAGCUCGGAGACACGAGGCCCCCAUGAGGACACCUCCCCGUGCACCUGCCUGUGACAAAACAAGCACAAAAGGGGGGAGAGCCCCAAACCCCAGCCAGACGUUGCCUGCCACAAGGCACCAGGCGGCUCGUGCUGCUCCCAGCAGCCAGGGGAGGUGGCUGGUCGUGGGCCACGAUUGCUCCCGAUUGCUCCGGGUGGGACGUGGCUGUGACACGCAGCCUGGCCGAGGACAAGUCCUGGUCAUCUCAUUUUGCCCCUGGGACCGAGCCGAGGCAGGAUGCUGCACCCAGCGUGGCGCUAACUGGGACUGCACCACCAAGACCAGCAGCCUGGUCAUGUCUGGGGGCCCUUCAGCUGCAGCCUGGGGGUUGGUGGUGCAGAUAGGGACUGGGCUGAGCGGGCAGCAUCCGUCCUGCUGCAGCUACACUGCCCGUGAGCACUGCCUGACCCUGUUCUGACACCAGCCACGUCCCCGCAGCCCAGAGGUGCGGGUGACCCCCUCACCCCGAUCUGUCCCCCCCUCGCUGGCGUUCCGUGGCUGCUGCCGGUCCCCCAAGCACUUUAACGCCCUGACCACGGUACGGCUGCCUUGGCAGAGCCUGCAGGAGGUGCUUCGCCAUCCCGAUGUGCUCCCACCUCCUCCCCGUGCCCUGACCUCGCCCCGCUGCAGGUGCCGCUGCGGAUCGCUGUGCCCGCAGCCCCGCUAACCCCCCCACCCGCUCCCUGCUCGCGGCGCCCCCGCGCCGGGCGGGUGCCGGGCCCUUAAUAAACGUUUGUAAGA